AUGUUUAUCGAUUGGUUUAUCCCGACUGCUCUCAUGACCUCCAUGCUCGUCAUGUUCUUGGCUGGCUGGGCGGGCGCUCAAGAAUUUGGACACGCGAAACAAGACCGUCAAAUGCGCGCCCGAGUCCUCAACGAAAUAUUAGAAGCUCCUCCAGAGAAGCGCACAGAGAGAAUCCUCGAAUUAUGUUUUUUCGUCAUUGCGGAUAAUGAGAGUACGCGGUGUCAAUUGGAAAACAAUGUGCUUCCGGAAGUGUAUGAGCAUCUUGAGAAGCAAAUGCGGAGGAAUGAGAUGGAUGGUGGGAGGUUCUGGGAUGUUUUGGGCGUAGGGAAGUGGAUGGGGUAUGAGAAGCAAAUUUCGAGGGUUCAGGGGCGGAUUGAGGAAUUCAAAGAGAGGAAGAGGGAAGAGAAGGGCUUGGAGGGAGGAAUUUCGAAGGAUACACAGGAAUCGGGGAAAGAGGGAGCGGGAUGUGAGGAUCUUGAGAGGGGAGUUUGA